AUGAAAUAUACAGUGUUAGUUUUACUUUUGUUUUUCUUAGAAAGUUAAACUUAGGUUCUAGUGACACCGAGAGUGUAAUGUAGAACAAAAAAGUGUGAGGGUGAUAACUUCUGUUUUCAAGGUUAUUGUACUCCAUGUGAGGGCCCAAGAAGUUUAUGGAUGAAAAGAAAGCCUUAAUGGGGAACAAAAGUUGGAGAGGCCCUAAACGUGCCUGCUUAUUCUAAUUUUGGCGAUCUUGAUGUUUUAGACCCAAAUAAGGAUGAAUAUUUGUUAGAUUCUCAAAUAAAUUUUGGAGAAGAAAUCUAUAUCGGAUAAAAAUAUUAAUGUGUUCAUUAUGCAAGGAGAUUUUGGAUCACUAACUACAAUACCACAUUUGGUUCAGUUGAAAGGGCUGAAUAAAUAUUUGAUCUCUAAGAAGCAUAUAACUUUGAUAUAAAAUAGAAUAUAUCACUAAAGAAAUUUUAGAAUGGUGGCGUAGAACCACCUAAAGUUGGUGAUUUGUUGAUUUGGUAAAAAGAUGAAGGAGAAUUUCCUUAUGGACAUGUUGCAGUUGUUAUUUCUAUUGAAGCUGAAUCUGCUUAUCCUCAUAUUUUGAUUGCAGAAUAAAAUUACGAUUAGGCAUGGGAUACAAGAAACUUCGCUAGAGCAUUAAAAAUUACAAAAGGGGAGAAUAGAGAAAUAAUUAUAUCCAAUAAUAGGCAGACAUUCCCCAGUAAAGAUGAUUUGAAGUGUAGAGAUGACGAAAUAGCAUCUCAUGGUGUCAUUCUAGGCUGGGUUCGUUUGGAAUUACAAUGAUUAAUUUAUAAAAAAAUGCAUUUUUUAAUAUUGAUGU